UCUCUUUCUCUUUCUCUUGCUCUCUCUCUCUCUCACGGAACCAAGCGAGCGGGAAAAAUGGAAAACCCCGCCCAAACCCCACCGGAGGCUCUCCCAUCUCAGUGGAUUCGAAUUCGUUGAUUUGAUUUCGAAUCUUUGAUGAAGACUACUACUACCACUACUACUACUACAUCGACUGGAUCGAGAAGCUUUUGUUCUUUUUUCUUUCUUCUUUCUUUUUCUUGCUUGAAGAGUUUGUUUUCUUUGAUCUGAUCUCUUUCUCUCGAGCAGGAAGAAACUCCAUGGCUGUUGCUAUCGAACGCUUCUCCAUCAGAGAGUACGCUUCGAAGAUGAGGAGUGUUAAUGUGGAGAAGUCUUGGCCGUUUCAUGAUAAAGAAACGAUGAAGAAAGAAGAGCUCGCGGCAAAGCUUCCGUUGAUGAAAUGCCCGAAAUAUCGGUGGUGGAAGGAUGAGGUGGAGGCGAUGAGAUCUAAAUCUUCUAAUUUUCCUGCUAAUAAGUCUGAUGUUGAUGUUGUUGAUGAUGAUGAAAACGGUAAGAAAAUUCUAGAAGCAACUGGCGAGAGAAGCGGAUGUGUGUCGGAAAAGCUUCCGGUUGAGAAGAUUGAGGCGGUUAUAGUGACGGGUGAGGAGGACAAGGUGGUGAUGAGUUGUCCGGUUUGUCGGAUUUUUACGGCGACAACUGUGAAUGCGGUGAAGGCGCAUAUCGAUGAUUGUUUGGCUUAG